CUUCUUGUGUUGUGUUAAAGGAGGAAUAAAUUCCAGUGAGAGUGAAAAUGUGUCAAGAAAAAAGGAAAUGUCAGAAGAAUUUGAAGCCAGUACUGUGGAUUCUCUGAUAAACAUGCCAUUUGCUACUAUAGAUAUUAAAGAUGAUUAUGAAAUCACUGAUGUACCUCAAAUGAAGUUGAAGAGGAAUAUAGAAAAUGAACAAAUCAAGAAUGAUCAAAUAAAGAAGAAAAAAAGGCAAAAAGACUAUCAACCCAAUUAUUUCCUGUCCAUUCCAAUUACCAACAAAGAGAUUAUAGGAGGAAUUAAGAUCCUGCAAAAUACAAUAAUACAACAAGAUAAGCGACUUGCCAAAGCAAUGGUCAGUGAUGGUUCCUUUCAUAUUACCCUGCUAGUGAUGCAGUUAUUAAAUGAAGAUGAAGUAAACAUUGGUAUUGAUGCACUUUUGGAAUUAAAGCCAUUCAUAGAAGAAAUCCUCCAAGGCAAACAUUUGACUUUGCCCUUUCAAGGGAUUGACACUUUUGGAAAUCAGGUUGGCUUUGUGAAGCUGGCAGAAGGAGACCACAUAAUCCCACUUCUGGAGAUAGCAGAGACUGCAAAAAAGACAUUUCAAGAAAAAGGCAUCCUGGCAGGAGAAAGUAGAAGCUUUAAACCUCAUCUAACUUUUAUGAAAUUGUCAAAAGCACCAUGGCUUCGUAAGAAUGGUGUGAAAAAGAUAGAUCCUGAAUUAUAUGAAAAAUUUAUCAGCCACAAGUUUGGAGAAGAAUUAUGCUCUCGAAUAGAUCUUUGCUCCAUGCUUAAGAAGAAACAAAGUGAUGGUUAUUAUCAUUGUGAGUCUUCAAUUGUGAUUGGCAAGAAACCUGUUGGAAUUCAAGACUUAAUUAAUGAAGCUUUACAUCGAGAAAGGAUGGGUCUCAAGGCCAAGGUGCAACAGAUAAAGGAACUUUUAUUAAAGCCUGAGACUCAGGCCAAAAUUAGGAGGGAGCUUUUUGAAGGAAGACUUAUUGACAAUAGUAAUCAAGUAAAUCAUGUUGAAUUCAGCGCGACUUUGACAUAAGCUUUUUGUUGUUAUCAUGAUAACAUAGUUAUGAAAUCUUUGCAGCUUCUUAAAUAUCUCUUUGGUAAAUACCAAAGUAUUCUGAUAGGUUCUAUACAACAGUGAACCAACAUUUGGUAAGGAAUUUCUUGCCAAAGAAAACCAAUUUUGCCCUGUUAUUUUUUGAGCUAAACUUGUGUUUUAGAAUAAUUGUUUCUGUAAUAUUGAGUCAUUUUAUAGAAAUGACUUCCUAAUUAGCUGUUGUGAGAUGUUUCUUGGGUCUUUGCAGACAAAAAAAUACAGACUGUGAAAAAAAUCAAUUACAGAAAAAACAAAACCAACAACAGUAUUUUAAGGGUCACUUGCUUCCUGUUGACAUGAUAUUAAAAUCAAAAGAAGCAUUGUCCAGCUGUCUACAUUUAGUGUUACUUUUAAUGAAAAUUUGAAUGUUUAUUGAACAUUAAUAGUACUUGAAUGAACAUUUAUAAAUAUAGUAAUUGUAAUCACUGGUUAUAAAUGUUUUAUAAUAUCCAUAUGUAUUAUUUUUCACUGAUCAAAAUGUAAUUUGCUUUGUCAUUUCUUAAUGAAUGAAUGUUUCAGAUUUUAUUUUCUACUUUUUUGAAGAUAAGCCCCAGGUCUUAUCAUAUCCUUUAUAAUUUGAAUUUGUUUGCACUGGUUCAAUUUUAAAGAGCAUUCUUGAAAAAUUUCUCCCCAUAUGAUUAUUGAUAACAGCUUUUUUUCUAUAGUCAUUGUAAAAUUGCUGCUACUCAUAGAUCAUGAUGGAAGGAGAAAUGAUUGGAGAUCAAAUAUGUAAUCAUUCAAAUAUAAAAUCCAGUUUGCUCAUGGAUUUUAGCUAUUUUUUCACUGGAUAAAUUAUAUUACAUUUAUUUAUAAGUGAGUUUAUGCAUUUUCAUGCCUCUUAAUAAAUGUAUUGUUUUCCCUUGU